AUGACUGUCCCCGAGGCCAACCUUGCGGGGGGUGACAGUCAGGAUGUGAAUGCGGAUAUCAAAUCUUUUUCCACAGAUAUACAAUUGGUUCCCGAAGAGGUUUUGUUAAGGAUAUGCAAAGGACCCCUCAAAACAUUUGUUCAGACUUGCCAAAAUGAGCAGCAAGUAAAAUGUGCGUGGGAAUCGUUGUUCCUCACUUUCUCCACUAGAUCCAUGUCGAAAGGACAGACACAAGCUGCAUGCAAUGCAGUCAUUCAUUUCCUAGAGAGUGCAUCAUCAUCAAGUAUAUCUACGACAAAAGACAUGGCCUACUCAAAUCAGACAUGGCUUGCUGUCUUUGAGGUGGUUUUGGUAAGAUUUGACGACACUACGCCUAAGCCGAUGAAACAGGUCCUCAGCGGCCUUUUCAAGUUUCUUAAAAAGCAUCCAGAUGCUGCUGAAGCCCGCCGGAUACAAGCAGGGCUUAUGGACAAAAUCAUGCCUAGUAUCAUUCUGGCAGAUCCAAGAUCACGGUUGAAGUCUUCACUCGUUUCAUUGGAAAGACUUGUGCGGGAGAGUGGGAUGUCUACCUCGACAUUGAUGUCGCUGACUUACGACUGGCUUGUUGUACACUAUGAUGAAUGGCAAUCCCUAUAUGCUAGGCACUGUCAAGCUUUAUCGGUUGACAUAUCGCCUUUACACGGCACCAAUGUGGGCUACGACGACGUCAACAUCAGCGUGAAACAUAGCAUCUCCACUAUAUUCAGCCUGGCAAUUUUGAUACAUGCAAAAGAGCAUGGAUUCAUGUCGACAGGUGGAUCUUUGAUGGCAUUCUUGCACAAAAAUGCAGGAGAAGAGAACAAGGACCCUGGACAGAGCAGCUAUCCUCUGACGAGCUGGAUUCGGCCCACCAAGCACAUCAUGCUGGAGAACAUGGAGUACUUAGAGCUAUUUUCCAGAUCCAUACUUCUGCCACUUUUGGAAGCGAAUAUUAAAGCAUUCCGAGCCUUCAUCGCAGGCUUACCGUUGGACCCAGUACUUUCGGGCAAUAUGGAAGGUGCGGGGACGGUAGAUGAGUUCAUUCUUCUAUUCUCUGCCUUGGGAGUAGGCAAGAAGAUUGGCUUUGUGCAUGAAGAUCAGUUUGAGAAGCGAACAGCUGCAACAAGAAACGUGGACAUUGUAGACAUACUCAUUCUGAAAAGCGAUGUCCUUGGACACUUUUUACUUCACAACGAGCCGCGAGUAAGAUUGUUGGCUUUUUCACUUCUAACAACGGCACCCGUCAUGUCGAAACCCAUAUCUGCAAUUGCUUUAAACAGUAUAAUCGAGGGUCUCUCUUCUAUAAACGCCGAUUCCGACUCAUAUAUUCGCCAGGAGAUAAUGUCCUAUAUGCGCAAACUUAUGUUGCGUUUGCGAGGACCGGGAGUCUUGAAAGAUUUCAUGGAAAAGGAAGGAAAGGAUAGCAAGAUAUUCAUGGAGCGUUACACUGAUUUUCUCGAAAAAGAGCUACUUCCGACUGCUUCCUAUCAACGCCACAUAUCCGCGUUGAAGUCGAUACUUCUUGUGCUAAAGACCGGCGUUGACCCAAAUGCUACCCAUGUUCCACAAGAAGACCAGCUGUUGUGGCGGUACAAGGUGAACAUUCUGCGACCCAGUCUUUUCCGACUGCUGGUUGAUCUUCUUCUCGACCCAUUCGAGGAAGUCCGAGCAACCGCUCUCUCUCUCAUUGGUCUUUUUCCAAGCCAGCUUUCGAGCCAAGCAGAGGAGAGUCCUUUUCAUGAUGGGUUCGAUGUUGCAGAACGACUAGUAACAGCCCUUACGAGGGCUGAAGCGCUCGCUAGCAGAACAAGUCGUGCGGACCAUGCGGAUACUGUUGCCAGGCUGUACCAUACUUUAUAUUCUACAGCCAAAGAUGGACACCAAACAGCAACGGAGGCUUCUUGGUUCAGUACAAAGCUUGGCGUUGUAAAUGAGGUUUUGCGGAGGCUGGAGGUUAAGCUUUCUCAGGAGAUAGGACCUUUUCAAACGUCUGUUCGAGACGCACCACUUCAUGGACAUACAUCUGCCCUAAGGUACAUCGUAGCGACUCCAAAGUUCUAUACCUCAAUUUCAGGUUCAACGGACAAAUAUGAUUCAUCGUGGCGAAGAGUGCAUGAUCGAAUCGUAGCAAUCUGCGAAAAUAUCUGGACGAAGGUCAAGCCUGUCUUGUGUAUCGACUCGCCCGAGGGGCAUACCGAUGAGCUUACAGACGAUUUUAUGGUUGGACCGAAGGACCUGUUAUCCUAUUCAUGGCGCGCCCUCAAGGAUUCUAGUCUUCUACUUCAUGCUAUUGUGUCAAAUGCUAGUUAUGCGCCAAACAGUGGGCACGAUGAGCUUCAGCGUGCUGAUUUCGAGACCAUCGGUACUCUGAGUUUCGUUCAAUUGUCGGAACUUAGACACCGUGGUGCUUUCAGUACUGUUGCACAGACAUUUGCAGCCUGCUGUCUGCGGUGUGCUGAAAACCCAAACCCUGAAAUUUCUAGCCUUCCAGAUAUGUGGUAUCAGAACUCAUUGAAAAUGAUACAGCAUCACGCUUCUAAAUUGACACGAAGAUCUGCUGGACUCCCAGCUCUCGUGACCGGAAUAUGUAUCUCCAAGUCCGGAGACCCCUUAUUUGGAAAGAUUAUGAACGAUCUACAGGAUAUUGCAAGGACACCGGCUGCGCAAGCAUCUAGCUACAAUGAGCUUUCCCUGCCCCAAGUCCACGCCAUGAAUUGCCUCAAGGAUAUUCUUGCGACUUCGAAAUUAACAUCGAACACAGAGAAUUAUAUCAUGCCUGUUCUCAGACUUGGAGCAGAUUCUCUAAGCUCUCCAAUUUGGGCGAUUCGAAACUGUGGACUCAUGCUUUUUCAUGCUUCAAUGAACAAGAUGUGUGUACGUCGCCCAGGAGUACCAUUUGGGUUUAGUGGUGCUUCAGGCGUCGAGCCCAAUAUGUCACUUGCUUUCCCCAAAUAUGAAGGAUUAACACAGCUUCUAGCACAAUUACUUGCUUCCGCAGAUGAAGCCCGGGAUGAUGGCAAGGAACCUGAACGGGGAAUUUUGGCUUCUAACGAGACAGAAAAAGUAUUCCCAGCCUUGGGGAUUAUUGCCGAAAAGGUUCCGUCUACCUCCGAUGACGAUGAUGAUUUGUUACGUGGUCUGGUUAUUCAUCAUAUUAAGAGCACUAUAUGGGCCGUCCGUGAGCAGGCAGCCAGAGUAUAUGCUUCACUUCUUCGUUUCAAUGAUAUGUUGUCGUCAAUCAACGUAUUAAUGAAUGUUGACCUCGCAAAGUUGUCUCAAAUACACUUUCAUGGGAAGAUGCUAUGUGCGCGAUAUACGCUGCUGAGAAUGUGGCAUUCGACUCUUUGGUGCGACAAUGUCGACGAAAUUCUUGCUACUGUACGAAAAGUAUUUACGGGAUUCUUUCCCUACAUUCGAUCUCCAUUCGGCCAGGCUACGUUGUUUGACAUCUUAGUAGAUGUCCUUGAGAGCAACAUCGGCUCCAGCAAAGAAGUCACCACUAAGAUAACACAGUUUGUAAGCGAGUUUAUCAAUAGCUACUCUCUUGAGCAUGGUUUAGCAGAAUUAGUCAAUUCUGGACCACAAUCUCCGGACAGAAUAAAUGCCAUGCGAGCCGAAUCCUUGCUUCGCCGGUCGCUUACCUGGUGUGUGCUUCUGAAUAACGCCCUGUCCAUCGCUGUAUCCACCGAAGAUACGUCGCCUGCUGGACUCAUGGGCCCGUUCUUUGAUCUUUCCGCUAGUGACACCGGUGCUGCCUGCUGGAUUCUGGAACGCAUCCGUCUCGUGUUCCCAAGCUAUGAGGGACAAAAGGAAUUUCUCGGCCUUUAUCUCCUCGUUUUGCUUCAAAGCUUCCAUGAAGAGAAUAUCAAAGCACAAACGGCUCUUAAUCUGGCAGAGAUCUUGGAAGACGCCUUGGAAAAGGGUAUUGAAGUUGAAUUUGCAAGCAAAUGGGCACGAGUGUCUGAUCAUCUCUCAAUUCAGUCAGAAGAGAAUAUCUGGAGUCGGGAACUCACUGAAAAUGUUCUUCGAUUGCAAGGGUCUCUUUUGACUCUGAAAUACAUGCACGCAGAGAAUAUGGUUUCAACGACAGAGACUCAUGGAGAGCUGAAUUCGCUUGAUAUUCGACGCUGGGCCGUUAGCCUUCGAUCUGCGCUGAGCGAAGAGACAGUCUUUACGGCUCGAUUUUCUGCCAUCAUGUCACUGAAAACAUUCAGUCAAAUACUCCGCAAACAUGACCAGACAGCCGACACUACAUCCGCUUCUCUCGAAAUCUACCUGAUACUGUACGACAUGCUGAAUGACGAUGAUGAUGAGCUCCGCUCUCUCUCCGCUCCAAUUGCUUCGUGGAUACUCUCUCAUUCAGCAAUAUUCCCCAAUCAAACGGUUACGUUAGGGGCUUUGCCUGCGAGUGAGAGUCUAGUGGACUUCAUUAUUGGGAACUACGCUACGCAGCCUGCUUUGUUUAAACAUGUUGUUAGACGACUGAUGAAGGAGACAGUAUCUUAUAAGCAGCAAACGGACUUCAAAUCUUUCGAGGCAUUAUUUGAGGAUUAUUCGAAGGAGAGCCUUGCUCUUUUCGAAGAGGAGAAACAAAACCUGUUCAUCGACGAUGUCCGAGAAAUUGAUACCUGGACAAAAGUCUUCAAGCACUUGGACAAAUUAGCCUAUGAUCAAACCACUAUAAGCAAGCUUGCAGCAUGGGUGUCAGAUGGCUUGAAAUAUCUCAACGACAAAGUAUCAUCUUCUAUGGUGGACGGUCAAGAAGAUGAUGUUCUUGGCUGGACCUCGAAACCUGAGGUGUAUACCUUGGGGUGUUUGCUGUUCAGUGUUGCGUCAUUGCUUAUCGCCAUCUCUGACAAGGAAGAGUCUGGUUCAUUCAAAAGCACGUUGAAGACCUUGUAUGAAAGAGGCCAGAUGAUCUCUCUGCAUCCUCAGUGGUUGGAUAGGAUUCAGGCUGCGAUUUCUGUCGAAGAAAAUAAUUAG